UACUCAAGUAUCGAGCAAACGAGAUGGCUUUUGGUGACUAUCCUGCUGAGUAUAACCCAAAGACGCAUGGACCUUAUGAUCCAGCACGCUACUAUGGCAAAGCUGAUGUGCCUUUCGGCCAAGUGAAAUUGGGCGAGUUGGGCGCCUGGUUUGGACGUCGCAACAAGAGUCCAUCAGCCAUCGCUGGCGCUGUCAGCCGUGCCUGGUGGCGUUGGCAGCACAAGUAUGUGUUCCCGAAGCGUGCUGGCAUUGCACCCUUCUUCCAGUUGACCGUCGCCAGCAUGGCUUUCUUCUAUAUCAUCAACUACCCCAAGUUGAAGCACCACAGGAACUACAAGUACCACUAAACGGUACAUCUCGUUUAAGCUCUUCAGUGUACACUUUGUUAUUAAAACUUUUUUCAUUUAUUGUUGCCAUUCAGUAAAGUGAAGAGAGUUCGAACACAUCCACAACACAUUACAAUACAAUUGAUGUUUUGAACACGGCUGAUUCUAAUAAAAAAAAAAUUCUGCGAAUAACUGUGCUGCAUCAAA